GAUGUCAUGACACAUGCAAACACUAAGGCACAACCGAUGAGUAGGAUAAGCCUACCUAAUGACGUUUGUCGGCUGGAUGUCGCGCGCACGCAAAUUAGCCAAUCUCAAACAGCUAUUCUUUCUACUUGUUAUUCCCAUUUAGUUUGUCUCUAUGGGGGUAUCUUAACCAGAGCGACAUUUUUUGUAAGCGGUUUUUUUUUUUAA